AUGGUGCCCCCCCACUGCCAGGUUUUCCGCCGGCAGCGGCCAGCCCACAGGGGCCUGGAGAAGCUGCUGCAGGAGUUCUCCCGCCAAGGGCACACCCUGUCCCAGGUGUGCAGAGAGAAGGCGGUGCUGGCACAGGAGAACGCUGCCCUGGAAGCCCGACUGGCAGCCACGGAGCGGGACCUGCGAGGCCUUUCAGAGCAGCUGGCAGAGGCCAGGUCAGAGAAGGAGAGCCUGCAAAGCAGCCUGCUGGAGGCUGAGCAGCACAUAUGGGAGCUGGAGAUAGCCAGGAGCCGUGUGGAAGCCCAAGUGUGCAGGGCCAGGCAGGCCAAGGAGGCGAUACUGGAGGAUGUGAGGGGCCUUCAUCGUGAGCUGCUGGCUGUAAGAGCUCUCAGCCAGCAGCAAUGUGAAGACAUGGCUGAACAGCUCCGCUGGGCACAAGAGCAGUGCUGCAAGGCUCUGAGACUCUGGCAAUCUGCCCAGGAAGAGGAAAAAAGGAAUCUCAUGAGAGAACUGGAGAGACAACUGGAAGAGCAGCAUGUGGAGGCACGGAAGCAGCUGGAGGAAUGGGCAAACUUCCUGGCGGAGAUGCUGCAGGAAGAGCAGCGUCAGAAGAUUGCUGUCAUCCACAAGGUGUACCAGCUGCAGAGAGAGCUGAAGCAAAGUGAGCAGCUGAGGCAGAGGCUGAAUGAGCAGUGGCAGAACGGGCAGGUCAUGCUGCAGGCUGAGCUGCAGGAAGCUGAGAGGAAGAUGAUGGCAAUGGAGAAGAGGCACCAAGAGGAAAUGGAAAGGAUGCACAAGGUCCUGCUGCAGUGCAGGCUGGCUGAAGAAAAGCAGGUGGACGCAGGAUCUGCCAUCGAAGCUGCUGGUGCAGCAGCAUCCUGCCAAGAAGCCUCCUCUCCACAGCCUGAAAACCAGAGCAUGAGCAGCUCGGCCCACUCAAGCCAGGAGAGAGAGAAGCAGUUCCUGAAGCUGCUGAGGUGUGUGGUGAGUGUGGAAGAUCCAGAAAAAAAGUACACUGGAUGGGAACAUCUUGGCAGUGGGGGCUUUGGAGCUGUUUAUAAGGCCUUCGACACUGCCACAGGACAAGCGGUGGCUGUAAAGGAACUUUAUCUCCAGCACCAGGGCUGUGAGGGAAUAUUAAAAGAAAUCCUGCUCAUGAGAGAAAAUAAGAACGCCAAUAUUGUCAGCUACUUAGAAAGCUACCUUGUGGAUGAGGCUGUCCUGCUGGUGUUGGAAUAUAUGGAUGGAGGCUCCUUAGCUGAUGUGGUCACCGUGAGAAGGAUGGCUGUAGGACACAUAGCAACAGUGUGUCGGGAGUGCCUGCAAGGCCUGGCUUUCCUUCAUGCCAAGCAGGUGAUCCACAGAGACAUCAAAAGUGACAACAUCCUUCUGGGCCGGGACGGCUCCGUCAAGCUGGCUGAUUUUGGCCUCUGUGCUGUGCUCAGCCCUGAGCACAGGAAACGGAGGUCGAUGGUCGGGACCACUUACUGGAUGGCACCCGAGGUCGUGAGAAGAGAGCCUUACGGCCCCAAAGUGGACACCUGGUCCCUUGGCAUUGUGGGAAUAGAAAUGGCCACAGGAGAGGCUCCUUAUAUGCAGGAGACCAGUGACAAGGCCAGCUACCUGAUAGGCAAGCAAGGGGUUCCAAAUCUGCACCAGCUCAGGCUACCCCCUGGCUUGUGUGAAUUUCUGGGCUGCUGCCUGCAGAUGGAUGUGGACAGGCGAGGCUCUGCCAAGGAACUUCUGCAGCAUCCAUUUCUGCAAUCAGCAGAGCCUCUCUUAAGCCUCUUCUGACAGCCUGAUUGCUGCCAUCCCUGCAGCAAGGGAAUGCAGGAAGCAAAGGAAAUGAGAAGGACCACGUCAGCACUGGAGAACAGAGCCUCUGAGAGCACGUAGGAAUCCAGAGAAGAGAGGGGCUAGGAAAGAGGGAGCCAUCAGAGCAGGAAAGGAAGGAGCUGGAAGGGCAGCGUUUGGAGGCACAGUAGCUGCUGGCACCAUGGGCAAACUUCCUGGCAGAGGUAGAGAAGGAGCAGGAGAAAAGGCUGCUUGAGAUGAAGCAGGAAGUUGCCACCAUGCAAGUGACCAAGAAGAGAAAAUCAGCUCCAUCUCAGAACCCCACCAACACCAGUCAAGUGACAUCUCUGGGACCUUCUGAGAGAGACGCUCCAGCAAGACCUGCUCAGGAACAAGAAAAGAUCCUUCCAUUGCCUCCACAUGCUCUGCAACAAGCAACCAAGCAGACUACUUGAGAAAAUACAGAGCAAUUGUCUCCUUGGAGCAACGCCAGCACUACAAGGACGACUUCAAUGCAGAAUAUGAGGAAUAUUGGAAUUUAUAUUUUAAGAUUGACAAGAUCAUCAAGAAAUUCAGACAAUUUCAGGAGCAAUGGAAGUCUCUGACUCCAGGCUCCAAAGCUUAUCAGAUGCUGCAUUAUCGAAUCCUAGCAGUUAUCAGCAGUUACAACAGGGUAGCCCCAGCUACUCUGAAAUGAAGAGUGGGUGCCAGUACCUCCACAAGAAGCUGGCCCAUAUUCAGAGCCGCAUUUCUGAAUUUGACCAGCAGUGAGUGGAGUACUGGCACCAGACAUCAGCUUCAGCAUGGAAGAUCUCUGAAAUCAGGAUUUUUCAUUUCAACUAGAAGAUUAGAUUUUUUAGGAUUCUUUAAAUUAGUACAGAAGAGUAGGUUAUCUUAGCACUGAGCAGUAGGUGAUUUCUUAUAAAUGUAGGAUUAGUUCAAAGAAGUUUAGUAAGUUUAAGUCAAAGUUGAAAGAUGAUAGUAUUGAAAUUUAACAAUAAAGAAAUCUCACUAUUGGUAA